CGGAGGGAGCCGAGUAACUCGCCUCCUUUCUUCGUCCCUCCUCCUUUCUUCUUCUUUCUUGUUCUUCAUUUUCUUCUUCAACUUCAACACUUUAAUCUGUAAAUGGAAGACGUUUCAUUUCCAUUCUAACUUAUCAUUAUCACUUUGAAUGAACUUUCUCCUGCCCGUAAUCAUCACCGGCAGAAGCAUCAUCAGCAGUACUGGUUUUGGUUUAUCUGAAGUUUCUUUUACAAGAACGUUUCUCAACUUCUUCUCAAUAUUUCCUCUCACUUACCGGCUUCGAUUGCGAUUUUCUUUUCCAAAUACGUGGAGAUUAAAUCAAUGAUGAUGUUUGUAUAGGGACUUUGGAGAGUAGUAGGAGUUUGAGAUGGGGAACACAAUGGGAGGGGUUUGUUCUAAUGGAAUAGUUAAGGAUGAUUUUGUAUCUGAGAAGAUAAUUCAAGCAUCUGAGGAUCGGAAAGGGAAUUCGUAUUUGAAUUCUGAGGCUAGGGAUCCGAAUGAAAUGCCAGAGAAGUCUCGUUCUGAUGUGAUACUAUUGCCUUCACCUCCGUCUAAGACUGGAAGCAAUAAGGUUGCACCAAUGAACGCACAAGCAGGGGCUCGCGGGAGGGCAGUUGAUUUAUGGAAAACAAUUGGGAUCAGUGUGUCAAAUUUCCAUAUCAACAGUGGGGUUUCUACAGGCAUGGCGCCUAGUGGUAGGGAGAUUUCUAUAUUGGCUUUUGAAGUAGCAAACACAAUAAGCAAAGUAGCAAAUUUGUCAAAAUCUCUCUCAGAAGAAAAUAUUCAGCUCCUUAAAAACGAACUAUUACAAUCAGAAGCGAUAAAACAAUUGAUCUCAGCAAGUUUAGAGGAAUUGCUUAGCAUUGCAGCUGCUGACAAAAGGCAGGAAUUUGGCGUCAUCUUACGGGAGAUAAUACGAUUUGGAAAUCGGUGCAAGGAUUCACAGUGGCAUAAUCUGGAUCAAUACUUUUCAAGACUAGAUUCGAAUGAUUCAAGUCAAAAACAAGCUCGAGAGGCCAGAGCAGCCUUACAGGAACUAACCGUUUUAGCUCAGAAUACUUCUGAAUUAUACCACGAAUUACAAGCAUUGGAAAGACUUGAGCAAGAUUAUAGACGGAGAGUUGAGGAAGUGGAGUUCUUGAACCAAGCAGGAAUAGGAGAAACUCUCUCAAUCUUCCAAGGAGAACUAAACGUACAAAGAAAACUUGUAAGGAGUUUCCAAAGCAAGUGUCUUUGGUCCAGAAAUCUAGAUGAGAUUGUGGAAAAGCUCGUUAUCGUUGUAACAUGGAUAAAUCAAACAAUAAUCAAAGAAUUUGGAGUUGACAAUACAGAUAAAACAUUGCUUAUCAAGGACAGAAGUAAUGGCCAGAAACUGGGUGCCGUUGGUCUUGCUUUGCAUUAUGCGAACAUAAUCAGCCAGAUAAAUCUCAUUGCGUGCCGUCCAACUUCCAUUCCUUCAAACAUGAGGGAUGCAUUAUACCGGGCAUUGCCUACAAGCAUUAAAAUAGCUCUGCGUUCUCGAUUGCGGGCUGUGGAUGCAAGAGAGGAGCCAACUUAUUAUGACGUCAAAACUGAAAUGGAUAAGAUCCUUGAAUGGCUUGUUCCGAUUGCUGCAAACACGAGCAAAGCGCAUCAAUCUUGUGGCAGAAUUGGAGAAUGGGCAACCCAAAGUAAGGAACACAGCAAAGGCAGAGCUACACAAAACAACAAUGCAAACCGCCUUCAAACGCUCUACUAUGCAGACAAAGUAAAAACAGAGUUACAAAUUCUUGAAUUAGUCACAUUGCUUCACCAUCUCAUCCAUUUAGCAAAACACCAACAACGACGCUCCUCAUCUCUCCGUUGCCGAUCACCAACUCCCAAGGACAUGGCAAAUACUUCUCGUCGUAUCCAAUUCAAGAGCCAAAUUAUCAGAACCACCAAGGAUGGAUUUCCGACCGACAAUAUACCAUCGCCCGGCCAAACUCCGAUCAGAAAAAAGGUGCUCGGUAACAAAAAAGGAAUGGAAUCUUACAAAAAUGAGAAUAAAGGAAUUUGGACGUUAAGUAAAGCAGUUUCGGUUUCAACCUUGAGGUCUCUUGGUAGAGUCUAGAUUUUGAGUUGAAGAAGGAUGAAGCUUUGGAAUUGGUUUAAUGUGGAUAAUAACAAUUUUGAGUACCUCACACGUUUAUACCAAAAAUAAGUACAGGGAAUUUUUUAAAGAUUUUUUGACCGUGUCUUCUAGUUGAAUUCCUUUGUUUAUAUUACUCUUUUGGGUGAGGUUUUGUUCCGAAUUCCCCACUUGUUUUGUAUAUUAAUUGCACCCCUCCAGAAUAAUGGUCAAUGUUCUUAGUUACAUGUGCUAGACGAUUUGCAUAAAA